CAGUUUUUGGGAUCUGGUUUUUUCCUUUAAUGCUUUAAAGAAGAAAACCAAAGUUAAAGAUUUCAUGUUUUAAUGAUUGAGUUUUUCAAACUUUUUAAUAUUUAAAUCCAAAUCAUUUUACUGUUUUUAUUUAAACAACAAAAAAAAAACCCAAGGAAGAAACUAUAAACUAUUCGUCGAUCAACCAAUGUCGGGAUAAUUAAUGAUUUUUAAACUCUGGGUUUUGCUCAUUGAUUCAGAUCUUUAAAUGGGUGUCCUUAAGUAAUUAAGUUCUUUGAUUCUUAAUUACUUUUUUUUUUUUUUUUUUUUUGAGUUUUGGAUUUUGAUAUAGAGAUGUAUAAUCAUCAAUCAUCUUCAUCACAUUCAAGGGGGGGAGUGUUUUGUAAUCCUGGAUUAUUAAGACUUGUUAUGCUUUUGAUGAGUAUAUGUUUGGUUGGUUAUCUGAUUACACAUCCAUUAAAUUUGAGUUCAAGAGGAGGGAAGAAUUUACCACGUCGACUUUCAUGUCCUCCAUGUGUUUGUGAUUGUUCCUCAGAGGCUCUUUUCUCCUUGCCAUCAGGAUUGCUCAAUAACUCGCUAUUAGAUUGCGGCAAAAAUGAUCCUGAAAUGAACUCAGAAAUCAAGAAAGAUUCAAUAGACUUACUUUCUGAAGAACUAAGCCUACUAAAAGGUGUGAUGGACGACAAUAUGAAACAUACUAGAGCGUUAGUGUCAGAUGCAAGGAAAACAUCUUCUCAGUACCAAAAAGAAGCAGAGAAGUGCAAUGUAGGCAUUGAAACUUGUGAAGAAGCAAGAGAGAAGGCCGAAGCGCAGCUCAGAGCUGAGCUUAAGCAAUCAGCAUUAUGGGAAUCACGUGCACGAGAAAAUGGAUGGAAGGAUCUAUGAAAAAGAUAUUUAUAAACGAAGGGUCUGCAUCAUUGAAUGUUCUGAAUCAAGAUUUCUUUGAUUCUGUCUAAACACCCCACGUCUUUGCCUUAGACAUGCCCCUCUGCGUUCAUAGGCUACAAAUAUUGUGCAUAUGAAGCAGAAAAAUUUUGUUUAUCUUUUGUUUGCUAUGUUUGUUAGCACUAGAUUUAUGAUUGGAUUUUUUUUGUAUAAAUGCAAAUAUUGUUACAUUAAGGUGUCUGGUUUGGGAGAAAUUAGCUCUUAGUGAACAAUCUUGUCAGUUAACAUAUUCUUUUCA